AGCCCGAGACCCCACGACGCGCGCCCCGCCCGCCAUGGACCCCAAAGACCGCAAGAAGAUCCAGUUCUCCGUGCCCGCGCCCCCCAGCCAGCUCGACCCCCGCCAGGUGGAGAUGAUCCGGCGCAGGAGACCAACCCCUGCCAUGCUGUUCCGGCUCUCAGAGCACUCCUCACCAGAGGAGGAGGCCUCACCCCACCAGAGAGCCUCAGGAGAGGGGCACCACCUCAAGUCGAAGAGACCCAAUCCCUGUGCCUACACACCCCCCUCGCUGAAAGCUGUGCAGCGCAUUGCUGAGUCUCACCUGCAGUCCAUCAGCAAUGUGGGUGAGAACCAGGCCUCGGAGGAGGAGGAUGAGCUGGGGGAGCUGCGGGAACUGGGCUACCCGAGAGAGGAAGAGGAGGAGGAAGAGGAGGAGGAUGAAGAGGAGGAGGAGGAGGACAGCCAGGCGGAAGUCCUGAAGGGCAGCAGGGGGUCUGCUGGGCAGAAGACAACUUAUGGCCAAGGUCUGGAGGGUCCCUGGGAGCGCCCGCCUCCUCUGGAUGGGCCCCAGAGAGACGGAAGCUCUGAGGACCAAGUGGAAGACCCAGCAUUGAAUGAACCUGGGGAGGAGCCACAGCGCCCUGCCCACCCUGAGCCUGGCACAUAGGCACCCAGCCCUACAUCUCCUGGAAGGAAGUGGGAGGAGGCAUUGAUGUUCUCCAGAAAUCCAUUCUGUUCACACCCGAUUUUGUACCCUGCUUCUCACUUGCUAGGGCUGCGGCUUCUGACUUUUAGAAGACUAAGGCUGGUCUGUGUUUGCUUGUCUGCCCAACUUCGGCUGAUGCCCAGAGUCCCUGGGCACUUGCUGCCUGAUGCCUACCCCUGCCAGUCAUUCCCCCAUACACCCAGCGGGAGGUGGGAUGGGAGAGCUUGCAUUGGGAAAUCCAGUAAAUGGGGGACAGAUUCAUCCUUCACAAUUCUACUCCCUAGACCCUCUCCCCUAGGCAUAGGAAACCCACAGGGCAGGACCCUAAGAUCUGGGCAAAAGGGAUACUGAGAACUUUUAAGUGCCCAUAGAUC